UCUGUACACGGAAGCAAAACAGUGGCGCUCGUGUUCACUACUUCAUGUGUCUGUCAGUUGAUCUUCAUUAAAAAUCCUCCACUGGCGGCAAACAUGUCCGCGGCUCCUGCAGAAGACUUGGUGAAGCGGUGGGAGAGUGAGCAGGCCCGUCUCAGGCAGCAGGUGGUGGAGGAGGACACUGAGGACUGGCAGAGGAGUGCGGACUUCUCGGGCCUGGAGAGGGUCGGAGGAGUGGACCUUUCCUUCAUCAAAGGGGACGACGUCAACGCCUGCGCCCAGCUCGUGGUGCUCAGCUACCCCGACCUGGAGGUGCUGUAUGAGGACAGUCAGAUGGUGACCCUGACAGCCCCCUACAUAGCUGGCUUCCUGGCUUUUAGAGAAACCCCCUUCCUCCUGGAUGCUCUCCAGCGGCUGGAGAAGAACCAGCCCGAACUUCUGCCUCAAGUGGUGUUUGUGGAUGGAAAUGGCCUCUUCCACUACAGAGAGUUCGGCCUGGCGUGUCAUCUCGGAGUGCUGUCAGGGCUGCCAUGUGUGGGCGUGGCCAAGAACCUGCUGCAGGUGCAGGGUGUGUACAAGAGUGAGGAGCACCAGUCACAGAUAGCUGCUCUGCAGAAAGGAGGAGACAGCUUCCCACUCACAGCCGCCUCAGGCAAAGUGCUCGGAAAGGCAUUGAGAAGCUCCGACAAGAGCUCCAAGCCAGUGUACGUGUCCAUUGGCCACAAGAUCAGUGUGGACACAGCUGUACGCCUUACGCACACCUGCUGCCGCUACCGGGUCCCAGAGCCCAUCAGACAGGCUGACUGCCGCUCCAGAGAAUACCUUCGCAUACACUUCCCAGCUGCAGAUACAUGAAUCAAAGAAUGAGGUUGCAAAUGAUGCAGCAAAGGAUCUCAAGAACACUCUGAACACCAGCAACUACAGAGGACCCCCAAAAAGUCAUUUAUCUGUGUUUGAGAGAGAGAGAGAG